AUGGCGUCGCCAGGAGGGUAUUCCUCGGGUAAUCCCUCUGGUAUUAAUUCCCCUAGCGUGCAUUCCGGAGUUAAGCGGCUUUCCGCAGAGGAUCGCCAACGGCUAGCUAAUAUGCUGCGCGCGCUGCAGCUGCAGCAGCAAGCGCACGCGGAAGCGCAGCCUCCCGCCUCCGCGGAAGCCAGCAGGCCGGCGGAAGGCGGAGCGGAAAGGCCCGCGGAAGCUGGCGCGGAGAGGGGAGCGGACAUGGCUGUGGAUGCGCCGGCGUGCGCGCAAAGGGGGGAGUGGGAGAGGCAGGGGCGCGACAUGGCGGGGGUGAAUGGGGAAGCAGCAGGGACGUGGGGCGAUUCGCCGUCGUCGUCUUCGUCGCCUCCGCCUGGGGGCGCCAUGAGUCGCAAGGAUAUACUGGAAAUCGUGCGCAAACACUCGGGCGCGCUGGUGCGACCGGCGGCGUCGAGGGACGGGGCGGGAGCGGAGGCGGCGCAGACGGCGCUGAUGAUGGACCGGCAGUACUGGCGGGAGAUGGCGGACCUCUUCUUCGUGCGCGGCGUGCAGCUUCGAGGGGAUGCUAUCCAGGACGGUUCCUUCCGCGAUGUGGUGUUCUUUGUCAGAGAUGAGUCGCCUGCAGCAACACCCCGCCAGGCAGAUGGUGUGGGAGAGGGCGCGAAGGGGGUAUCAGGCAGGGGCGAGGGCGAGGAGGCAGUGGAGAGACGGCGGCCCUACUUCGCCCGGCGCAGGCAGAGCAGCCUGGGGGAGAUCCUGGGCGGCAGUGGGGAGAGCAUAGACUGGCGGCGCACCUUCUAUCUGAACCUCAUCUGCCACACCGACUACUCGCUCACCAUCGCCGUCUGCAGGUGGCCCCUCAUGUCAUCCCCUCAUGCCAUACCCCCAUUCCAUCUCCUCAUGCCAUCCCCCCAUCCCAUCUCCUCAUGCCAUCCCCCCAUCCCAUCUCCUCAUGCCAUCCCCCCAUCCCAUCUCCUCAUGCUAUCCUUCCAUGCCAUCCCCCGCGCCAUCCUUCCCCCUCCAGGUGACGAGGAGAGCAUACGCCUCCCCCAGUAG